CAGGGGCCGGCCGCCGCGUGACCCGCGCAGUAGAACGCCGAGCUUAAUCACAACCAGCUCGUGCUCCGGGCGGGUCGUGGUCCCGGUUCCCCAGCCGGUGACGCCGGGGAUUUCUUUCACGGCGGCUCCCUCUGACAUGCCAAAGCCGCCCGAGUAUUCAGAGCUGAGUGACUCCCUAACGCUUGCCGUGGGAACAGCAAGGUUCUCGGGACCCUUGCACAGAGCAUGGAGAAUGAUGAAUUUUCGCCAGCGGAUGGGAUGGAUUGGAGUGGGAUUGUAUCUGUUAGCAAGCGCAGCAGCAUUUUACUAUGUUUUUGAAAUCAAUGAGACUUACAACAGACUGGCCUUGGAACACAUCCAGCAGCACCCGGAGGAGCCGCUUGAAGGAACCACAUGGACACACUCCUUGAAGGCUCGGUUACUCUCCCUGCCGUUCUGGUUUUGGACGGUGAUUUUCCUGAUACCUUACCUGCAGAUGUUUUUGUUCCUAUAUUCUUGUACGAGAGCUGACCCCAAAACGGUGGGCUACUGCAUUAUCCCGAUAUGCUUGGCAGUUAUUUGCAAUCGCCACCAGGCAUUUGUCAAGGCUUCUAAUCAGAUCAGCAGACUGCAGCUGAUUGACACAUAGACUCGGUCACCAUUUUCCCCUUAUGAUUACAAAACUGCCAGUGCCGUGCGGGGCCUGAUCACAAGACGGCGGUUUUUCCACAGAUCUCAGGAAGUUGUGGUGGGGCAGAGUCCCUUUAAACAAUGUGACUAGGGGGCUGUCUUUAUCUGACUCAUGGGUUUUUAGGUGAAGCCCGAGACACAGUCCUAACAAAAUAAUGUUGAUGAUUUCAGAUUUUGGAAGUAAAAUCAUGUCUGUUACUUGCAUUCUUUAGAAACUUGAAUAAGUUCCUAAACUCCUAUUCUUAUUCUACUGUGCAACAUAGUGAUGGUUCAGAGAUUUUUCCUUUGGGGGGAAAAAAUGAACAUGAACAUUUCCAUUGUGUUUAAUGUGUAAAAAGGUCCAAACAUGGUCAUAAAGUUUAAAUUUUAUACAAUUACUUGGCUUGCUUUAAAAUUCUUCAGACUAAAACACCAAUUCAUGCUUUUCUGAGUAAGCCAACUAUUUGUCAGCUUGUGAGAAAUUGGUAUAAAAUUAUUGAGAUGAUUGCUGUCCUGAUACACGGAAUUCAUUCCUCCUUUUGGUUAAUGCUGUGGGCAUUCUUAAUGCUACUGAUUUUUUUUAAAAAAAGACUUGGGAAGAAACUAAAUGUUUGAAAGUUGAGAAAUCUGACUUAUACAUAGGAGAUGGAAACAAGGUGUUCAAUGAACAUGUUUGUCCCAGUGCCUGUCAGAUGUGCGAUAGCUCUCUAAAAGAUGCUAGCAAGUCAUCCUGAUACUCCUUUCUAGCCUCAGGGCUGGUCUUUAGGCGAGAGGUUAGUUGCAUGAAGAUGUGAUCCUUGUACUUCCUCCUGUGCAUUUGUACUUACUACCUCAUGUCUGGUACCAAUACAAAUAUCUAAAAAAUGG